ACAUGUAGAGGGACUGAAACACUUCCUGGAAAGUCAAGCAUAAAGGUAAGUAAAGCUUUCCUAGGUGUGGCACACAUGUAGAGAGCUACCUGUUGGACUGAUCUCAGACAAACGUAUUCUCGAAACUCUUCAUUGAGCCAUGGAAGCGAGAACGAAUGCACGAAGCAGAGGAAGGAGGAAACCUGUGCAAAACUAUGUGAUCUAUAAAGAAAAAAAUAAGCAAAACGUAUUAUCAUGCGCUUGUUCAUUAAUCACCCACACAAUGCAAAUGACAAAAGGAAAUAACAAUCUCCUUGUUUACAUGGAUGAGAUGCUUCACAGCAUUUUCUUCCUUGGUUACAUUCAUUACCCCAGACUGGCUCCUGAAAGGUUCUUCCAAAAACCUGAAACAAUUAAAAAUCUUAGGAAUAUGUUUCCUGGCCCUUUUGAGCAGUACAGAAGUCAUCUACCAACUCGCACUCCCUUUUCCAUUCUGCUGGACAUGAUGAAGAUCAUUCAUCAGACUGAAGAGAGAAUAAUAGCAGAGCUUGUCAUUCUGCUGAACAAUCUCAAAUUCCCGAUCCCUCUUCACAAAUCAGGCAACAUAUAUGAGCAAUUUUACACGCUGGAGUCAACAGUAAUCUGUGUGUGUUAUUCAGAUUCUGAUCCAGAGAGGUACUACGGCGCAUCUCUUUGCUGCAGAAAAGGAAAUUCAAAGACAAUUAUGAUCGACGUGUCUUGUCUUAGAACGUGGCAUGACCUGGUAUCGCAUGCAGUCAUGUCAUUUUGUUCAGGGGGUCGUGGUGAUGGUAUAACAUUCCCUAAGUCAGUGAAAUGUCAGGCAUACAUUAGAGGCUCGAAUGGUUACACAGAAAAACGCCCAUGUUCCAAGUGUCAUCAGCUGUUUAAUCUAAAUAAUGCAGACCAAAAUGAAGCGAAGCAUCCUUAUGGGAACUGUGCUGAGGCUGAGUGCUUCAGCAAGCUACUUAUGGAAAAUCAACAAAUACGAGAGAACACACGGAUAGAUAAUCAUACCGAGGAAAAGUUACAGAAUCUCAGACGUUCAACAAAAGCACGCUUGAUAAAGCAGCUUCAGAAUGUUGGCAUUCAAAUAAAUAAUGACUUUCACUUCUACAGCACAAACACACAUGGAUAAUGGUGUCCACCAAAUGCUGUAAAUGUAACUGAAAGUGAUAUGUAGUUUUUAGUACAAUAUAUAGUUGAUAUUUAGUGUAGCCAAACCACCCCAGUUCCACCAUGCAGUAAUAAAAGAACAGAAAUCAUACCCAGGACCCUAGAGAUGUGAUGCUGCAAUGAGGGUGCACCAUUAUACCAACUUUUCUUACCAACAAUACAUCAUCUAAAUCAACAAUACAUCAUCUAUCAGAUGACUAAGAAAGUACAGGUAGCUCUGAAGAGGAAGUGAAGCGCUGCUCAGCAGACUGGUCAGAGAGGGUUACUUACUGUAAAUAAAAUAAUAAAACAUAUACUCAGAAAGAUGGAGGACAAAAUGGUGCUAGCUAAUGACAUGCUUGUAUUCAUUUAUCCAUCACUAUCAAUACUACAAAUUAGAAAAAAAAAAAAAAAACAGCCUUGUUUUGUUACCUAAUCGUCCACUUUGAGGUUCAUAUAACACAAAUGGAAUUAUAAUCAAUGGGAUGUACAGAAAAUUGAUUGAAAAUAGCAUUUAUUGUGCAUAAAAUUUAUUAAGGGAAAGAAAAGUUCUCUGAAGAACUUCAAAAAAUAGGCACUUAAGAAAUUUGUACAUAUAUUUUUUUUUCUUUUAACUGCAGCUCCUCCUUGUGUUUGUUUAAACAUCUACAAAAAUAAAAUACUGGAAAAACCCCAAA